UUGGUCGAAUUGUCUUGGAGUUAUUUGCAGAUAUUGUACCCAAAACUGCAGAGAAUUUUCGUGCAUUGUGUACAGGAGAAAAAGGCCUUGGACCCACAACUGGGAAGCCUCUCCACUUCAAAGGAUGCCCUUUCCAUCGAAUUAUCAAGAAAUUUAUGAUUCAGGGUGGAGACUUCUCAAACCAGAAUGGGACAGGUGGAGAAAGUAUUUAUGGUGAAAAAUUUGAAGAUGAAAACUUCCAUUAUAAGCACGACCGGGAGGGCUUGCUGAGCAUGGCCAACGCAGGCCGCCACACGAACGGCUCGCAGUUCUUCAUCACGACGGUGCCGACCCCGCACCUGGACGGGAAGCACGUGGUGUUCGGCCAGGUGGUGAAGGGGAUGGGGGUGGCCAGGGUCCUGGAGAACGUGGACGUGAAGGACGAGAGACCUGUCCAGUUGUGCGUUAUUGCAGAAUGUGGGGAACUGAAGGAUGGGGAUGACUGGGGGAUAGUCCCGAAGGACGGCUCUGGCGACAGUCACCCCGACUUCCCGGAAGACGCAGAUGUGGACUUGAAAGAUGUCGACAAAGUUUUAUUAAUUGCAGAAGAUUUAAAAAAUAUCGGAAAUAUGUUUUUCAAAUCCCAGAACUGGGAGAUGGCCAUUAAAAAGUACGCCAAAGUCUUAAGGUAUGUGGAGGGCUCGAAGGCCGCCGUCGAGCAGGUGGACAGACCCCGGCUGCAGCCUGUGACCUUGAGCUGUGUUCUGAAUAUCGGCGCGUGCCGGCUGAGGAUGGCAGACUGGCAGGGUGCGGUCGACAGCUGCCUGGAGGCUCUGGAAAUGGACCCGUCCAACACCAAAGCCCUGUACCGCAGAGCACAAGGGUGGCAGGGGCUGGAGGAGUACGGGCACGCACUGGCUGAUCUGAAGAAAGCUCAGGAGAUCGCACCGGAAGACAAAGCUAUUCAGGCAGAACUGCUGAGAGUCAAGCAAAAGAUAAAGGCACAGAGAGAUAAAGAGAAGGCAGUGUAUGCAAAGAUGUUUGCGUAAUGAAGACUCGGUUUUGCCUCCGCACUGAGUGAUGAUAGAACGGCAGCAAGAAAAGUGGAAGGUUCUGUCCUGUGCAGCCCCUCGGCUCCUUUUCGCGCUAGUUCCCCUGCAGAGAGGUGGGCUCGCUGUAAUAAAGUGUUAACACAGUGAAGUGGUGGUUUUAAACAGCCGUUCGCAUUACAGAA